UGUGCGCGCGUGAGCGGGACUGGCGUAGAGCGGGAGACCCUGUGGCCGCGCGCGGCUCAGCUGCCGGCCCGGGCGUCCGCGCUCCUUCCCUUUCUGGCCGCCCUCCCUCGGCCCGCAAUAUGCCUCCGCUGCCCGCUGGCUGGUGGUCGCCAUGCCGGGCAUUCGCGGGAGCUCGCCGUCCUUCUCGCUCCGGGGGCUGGCUGCCGCGUCGGGGUUUCUGCUUCUGCUGCUGCUGUUUCUGAAGGGGCGCCCGGGCUCCGCAGCCUCCACCGGCGCCGCCGACCUCGCCAGGCGCCCUCCGAAGCAGCAGCCGCAGCGAGCCGCCCUGGCGGAGGCAUCUUCCUCCGCCGCUGCUCCAGGAUCUAUGUUUACACUGAAAGUGCAAGUCAACGACAUCAUCAGCCAUCAAUAUUUAAGCCAAGCGAUUGUGGAAGUGUUUGUCAACUACACAAAAACAAAUUCGACGCUGACUGGAAAUAAUGGAGCAGUAUUGAUACAAGUUCCCUAUCAACUAGGUCUAAGUUUAACUAUUGCAUCCUAUAAAGAUGGUUAUAUGUUAACACCUUUGCCUUGGAAGACUGGAAGAAUGCCAAUAUAUUCAUCAGUCACACUCUCACUGUUCCCCCAAAGCCAGGCAAAUAUAUGGUUGUUUGAUGAUACAAUUUUAAUUACUGGGAAACUCUCUGAUGCCAAAUCUCAACCAAGUGUUCAGUUUCCAAAAUAUUUAAUAAAACUUCCUAUGAACCACCAUAUCACAAAUGUUACAGCCUACCUUACAGUGCCACAGCAGUUUUUGAAAGUGGACCAUUUCCUUUAUACAACUGGAAUUCUUUUAAAUAAGUCAGGUUUCAAAAGUAUUGAAUUAACUCCCCUUGCUGCAAUAUGUGUAAACCUGUUUUCGGCUGGGAAAGAACUGAACGUAGAUGGUCCCAUUCAGAUAACAUUGCCCCUCCUACCUACUAGUGCUGUCAAAGCAGGAGAUCCUAUCCCAGCAUGGACCUUUGACAUGAAAACUGGUGCCUGGGUGAAUCGCGGGUUGGGCAUGGUGAAGGAUGCACAGGAUCAUCUUGUAUGGACAUACAGUGCUCCGAGUCUUGGUUACUGGAUAGCAGCUCCACUGCCUGGAACCAGAGACUCCAUCAUUGCCUCGGUCACUAAGGAUAUAACUGCAUACCACACAGUGUUCCUUACAGCCAUAUUGGGAGGCACCAUCGUCAUUAUCAUUGGGUUCUUUGCAGUUCUCCUUUGCUACUGCAGGGAUACAUGUGGUCAGUCAAAAAAGAGGAGGAGAAAUAUGACAAAACGGGACAUCUCCAAAAAGGACCAGACAACAUCAACAACUCACAUAAAUCACCUUGGCAUUUCCAAGGGAUCACUGAAGCCAGAUGACAAGUCUCAGUUGUAUUCAGCCACAUUAUCCUCCUAUAGUCCCCAGAGAGGGGCUUCAGCUGAAGGGGAGGAGAGGAAAGGCUGCGACAGUUUCAAAAUCUACACAGAAGGUAUUUCAUACCAGUUCUCCAGCAAAAAUUCUCACUGUAGCUCACCCCAGUCCUUGGAACCUAGCAUAGGAGUGAGGCAUUUACAGCCAGCAAAACAUAUUGGUGGGAGCAUUUCUCCUGCUAGAGACUUGCAAGAACGGAACCACUACCUCUCAAUGAAUGAGGAAAUAUAUGGUCUCACUCCCCUCCCAGAGCAACUAGUGCAUCUUUAUAGCCAACCUAUUGCCAUCCUUCAAACAUCUGACCUUUUCCAUUCUCCAGAGCAGCUGCAUGCUGCCAAGUCUGCCACUUUGCCAAGGAAAGGGCAAUUAGUCUAUAGCCCAAUGAUGGAGCCAAUGAGUCGGGAAAGUUAUACCCAGACAUUACCCAAGAUGCCCAUGCACUCUCACCUCCAGGUGCCAACCUCCAGAGAUGAAUCAGCUGCAUUAGAUAGCCAACAAGGCUUAUCUCCUCAAGCUGCAAAUUGGGGGCGCUACACCAAUAGCUUGCUGGAGUCAGUUUCUGUUCCAGGGACGCUAAAUGAAGCCGUGGUCAUGACACCAUUUUCAUCUGAACUUCAAGGCAUUUCAGAGCAAACCUUGCUGGAGCUUUCAAAAGGAAAACAAUCUCCACAUCCACGGGCAUGGUUUGUUUCAUUGGAUGGCAAGCCAAUAGCUCAGGUGAGGCAUUCAUUCAUAGACCUCAAGAAGGGCAGGAAGACUGAGAGUAACGAUACUAGCUUGGACUCUGGGGUGGACAUGAAUGAGCAUAAUCCCAGUCGGAAACUGGAGAGGGAGAAAACCUUCAUCAAAAGCAUGCAACAUUCUAAGGUCCUUUACCUGGAAGACUUGGAUCUCAGUAGUAGUGAAAGUGGAACCACAGUUUGUACCCCCGAAGAUCAGACUGUGAAGCACAUGCCAGAUGGGGGGACUGAUCCAGUCAUAGAGCAGCACACACAAGAGGUGCCUAAGAAGAAAGAAACGGAAGACCAUGAGGCUAGCCCUCCUCCAGCUAAGAAACGGGGAAGGCCACCUCUAACUAAAAGAGACAGCAAGACCAAUAUCUGGAAGAAGAGAGAAGAGAGGCCACUUAUUCCAAUAAAUUAAAAUUACAGUUAUGUCUGCAUUUUGGUCUGUCUGGUGUCCCCUUGGCUCUUUGCGUCUUAUUUGUAAACUUAAAUGUUCAGUUUAUAAGAGACAACCAGAAUCUGGUAACAUUCCAUUUCUCAAUUCGUAGAGAAGGUUACACCUUCCUAAGAGUGCAAACCAGCUCUUCUUGCUUUUCAGCAAUUACGUGAACAAAGCUUCUGGUUUUUAAAAUGUGCUGGGAUACAUCUGUUGGGGUGCUCACACAUGCUGCAGAAGAAGCCCAAAUGCAACCUUCAUUGUGUGCUCUGGAAUCGGACAUUUGACAAGGAAGAAGCACUGCUGGGUUGCAUCGUCAUGGGGAAGAGGCACACAGUGAGUGAACAACAAGAUUUUAUUUUUAACAAUCAGUGUCUGAUAUGGAUAUUUUACCAUACAAUGUUUGAUGUAGAUGUCCUGCAAGGCAGCGAGAUAAAAGCUGCCAUUUUUCAUCUAAAAUGCAAGAUCAGAACCUUUUUUGAUACCUUGUAUAACAUUCCACCGCAUUGUUCUCUGUAUAUACUUGGGGCAAAAAUAAUAAUUCAGGGACUUGUUAUCCAUAUGGCAUUUCAAGUAUGCGGACUUCUGCUUUUCAUGUGCUGCUCCAGUUUGUAUUGAGCCAAAUUGUGCUCCAUUUUUAGAAUAACUAGGUUUGUACAUUAGGGCAGAAUGUGCCCCUCAGCGUCCAAGAUAAAUAUUAUUUCGAACUUAGCCAAAAUGUUGGCUUUGUAGAAGACAUUUCUUCAAGAAACAAUCCCAUGCUACUGAAUAGCCUUAAAAGAGAUAGAGACAGAGUAGUACUUAAGCAAUUUGAUAAUGUGCCUCCUUUUUUUGCUGUGGUCCCAGUCUUGCAAGUCCAUUGUGCUGCUUGAAAAGAGCCAUUUGAAAUCACUUGGACUUCCUAUCUGAAUAAACUUAUCCAUAUAUUUAGCCAAUGUCUUUCUUGCAUGGGAAAACUGGCCUUGUAGGGCCAGUCCAGAACAGUCUUUGUAUUAAGCAAAUUCUCCAGUCUGAAAGCAAGCCUGUCAAAAUGACCAAGUGAAGGGGAAAGGACCAUAUGGUGCAGUGAGUUCUUAAAAUUGGGUAAUACUCCUUUCUAAAGUCCUGGAGGGCCAGGGCCAACCAGCAUAGUCUGCAGUGAGUUCAAUGGCCCAAUGAUCUGUCUCUGUUAGGCAGCCUCCUAUGAUUGAGAGUUCUCUUAUUCCAGAAAACAGAUCAGAAGAGAACCUAUAUUGAACUUGUUUGGUUCUGCUCUGUUUCUGUGGAAAAUAACAAAGACUGCAGCCCUAAACACAUUUAUCUAGUAAAUCCAGUUAAUUUCUGCAGAACGUACUUCCAAGUAGAAAUGUCCAGGUUCAAGGCCCAAAGGUCUUAAGACUCAUCUGAGAUCAGGAGUGAAAGCAAGCAUUCUCCCUGUAUAGUGAGGCUGGCUUCCUUCCACUUAUGCAGUGCAAAUAAUAUGCCAGUGUACUUACGUAGAAGCUAGUAUGACUUUAUUCUCCCAUAUUUCAGAUGGGCUGUGUUUCUUAAAACAUAGCAUGAAAGUUCCUUCUCUUGGUGUAUUUUAAAAUCAUUGUGUUUUGUUAUUUUUAAAAAUGGUUCUGGGAAGCCAGAGCGGGUGAUACCACAGGAACUAACUGAUCAGCAUUCUCCUGAGUUCACUCCUAGCUCACCAUUCACAGUAUAUUUGUCUGUAUGCACCCUAAGUGUAUCCUAACCUAAUCUGUGUACUAGGAACACAUUUCAGCACUACCUGUUGGUGUUUCUGAAUAUGAAGAAGGUAAGCUGUGGCUCUGGCCUAUAGGACAACAGCCAUCCUUGGAGUAGAAUUUAUUGUAGAGUUGGGGGGGGGGGAGUUACCAAAAGAAAUGAUUGCAUGAAAUGUAACUAAGAAAAUAUAUACAGGAAAGAAGUACAUAGAAAAAAUGCAUGUCAGAGAGGAUAGGCUGAACAUUUCUUAAGUUUUCUACGCACAUGGAAUACCCAAACAUGUGACCACCACACAACCUGCACUCUGUUGGCACUGUUCAGAAAAAGCUACCAUUUAUAUAUCAAUUAACUCUGUCACUGAUUUUGGAGUAUGCACAAAAAAAUUAAGAGCAAGAUAAUGUCAACCUUAUCCUAAGCACAUUUUCUUAGAAAAAUUAUUCUAAGUAACUUAAGUGGAAUUUAUAUCCAAGUAAUGUUAGGAUUACAGCCUUAUAAAAUAUUAAUGUUUUUCCUCAAAUUCUAUGACAUUUACAUUUGUUGGGUUUGGUUGUACUGAACUUUCUAAACAUUUGGAAUAUUAAAAUAUUUUGAAACUUAUUUUAACUUUUUCUUUUUUAUCUUUUGAAAAACAUUAAAAGCAUUAUUGCUGGUAAGCAUCUGAAGCCAUCCCACCCCUUUCAAAUAAAGCAUUUCAUAAUAAGAUUUCUGAAGCUAUUCUGAUAAUUCUUAGCAUUUUUGAAAUUUUAUAUCAAUUCGUUUUACCAACUGAAAUUUAAAGUAACUUUGCAAAUAAUAAAAGACUUGUCAAAUAUUUGUACAUUUUCCACUUGUUAAUACACUGUUCCUCUACUUUAAAGCACAACAGUUUAUUGUACUUCAACAAAUGCGGUGUCUUUGUAAAAAAUGAGUAUUUUUACAUAUAAGCUGUUCUGUUGGGAAGUUUUUCUGUUCUUUGUAUGCCAAGACUGCAGUCCAACACAUGGUUCCACAGUAGUAAGUCCUAUUUAGUUCAAGAAAACUUACACUUGGGUAAGUGUACAUAAGAUGGUUGGCUAAGAGCAUGAAUUGAAUCAGGAACCCAGUUCUGUGAGCUACAAUUACUGGGAACAGAGUCUGAAACCAGACAUGAGAGUUGUGUGGCUGCCACUGAAAGGAGUCCUUGAUACAGGAGAACUGAUCCUGCCUACUGUACCCCCCAGCUGUCCUUGCUUUUUCUGCCUCACCAAUAAGAGCAAGUGCCCUUUUCCAGCUGAUGCUCUUCAAAAGUAACUGCACUGUAUUGUUUUCUCCACUCUCAGCAACUGCAUGAACUACCAUUUAGUGGAUGUAAUGUGGGAGGCAAGAAGCACUGAACAUGCAAAGCUGUUUUCAGCACUGAGCCACACAGCAUCUCAGAAGACUAGUUCCAGGCUGAGUGUUCCCAAGCCAAUACUGGUCAUCACUUAUAAGCUGUAAAUACUGAGAACAAGCAGACCACUGCCACUUGUUAAUUCUUUGAGACACAUGUUAGAAUUCUAUUUAAUUCUCAUUUCAAUUUCAUGACCUCCUGUAGCUCAAUCUUUUUUUAAAAAAAAUCUCCAUUUUUCUAUUCUGUCAGGGGUGGCAUAUCAUGUUUGUGUAACUGCUAUGGUACUAAUGAUCUAUUGCUACAGUGUAUCUUAAAAUUUAUAAGAUGUUAAAAGAGUUCAUGCAAUAUAAUAAAAAUAUUUUAAAAACUUGCAAA